UAACCGGUCGUGGGCACCAAAGCAAACCAAAGCAUAUAUAUACCUAUAAUUCCUCACGUGGGCACUCUUCGUAUUGUGUUGUGUUUUGCUAUCAUCAACUUCAUAUUUUCCUUCUUAAGAUAACAAUCGGUUGAUUUUCGUCGUAGAGUGCACUGUUGAAUUCUGUCAAAUAAUGUUUUCUCGGAAAUUUUACAAUGCUCUUUCCAAGCAAUAUAAGCAGUUUCGUCCUUCUAGACAGAGUCUAAAUCGUUCUUGCAGUGAUAAACCGCCUACUGAUAUCCACGAUGUAGCCACAGAGGGCAAACCAAGAGCCACAGAGGAUAUAUCUCGUCUUCUUGAGGAUGCUGUAACUCAAGAUACCUCCAAAGACACCGGAUGGUUGUCGUCUAUAUACUCUGAGGGAGCAUCACUCAAUGUUCAAGGCAGGCAUGCUCACCGACCUAAGGUAAACCCAUCGGAGACAUCAAUAAUUUUAUUCCCAGGUCAGGGAACUCUGAAAGUGGGUGACGUUAAAGAGUACUUGCGUUUUCCGGAUGCAAAGAACCUUUUUGAAAUAGCCAACGAAGUGUUAGAAUAUGAUCUUUUAAAGAUAUGUCUAGAAGGUCCUGCAGAACUUUUAAAUCGUACUGAGUAUAAUCAACUUGCAACUGUGGUUACUACCCUAGCGGCUCUUGAGAAACUGAAAGAAGAACGACCUAGAGCUAUGGAAACUUGUAUAGCUAUAGCUGGUUACAGUGUGGGAGAAAUUACUGCUUUGAUAUUUUCUGGAGCAAUAAGUUUCGAAGCAGGUAUUAGAUUGGUUAGAAUUAGGGCUGCUGCUAUGCAAGAUGCUGCAACAAUAACUCCUCAGGGAAUGAUGUCUGUCAAUUAUACUCCAGCAGCCAACAUAAGUGAUAUAUGCACUAAAGCAAAGAACUGGGCAUUAGAUACUGGAGUCGAAUCACCAGAAUGCAGGGUUUCCAUUUACUUACAUCCAGAUAUGAAAAUAAUAGCUGGGAGUGAGGAGGCACUUAAAUAUAUAGAAACUAACAAAAAACAAUUUGGUAUUCGAAGAACAAGCAGACUUCCUACAUCCGGGGCAUUUCAUACCUCACUAAUGAAACCAGCAAUGGAUAUUUUUAGCAAAGCACUGAAAACUGUUAAAUUCGAAAUGCCCCAAGUGCCCGUUUAUUCAAAUAUAGAUGGGAAGCCAUACAGAAAUGUACAACAAAUUUCAAGACAUUUACUGAAGCAUCUUGUAUCACCUGUCAAAUGGGAGCAGACAAUGCAUACUUUGUAUAUGAGACCACAAGGUACUGCAUUUCCAAGAACUUUUGAUGUGGGUUCUAAAGGUACUCUCAAGGUUCUUUUAAAAAAUGUAAAUGCCAAAGCGUGGGAUUCGUGUUUUGUGAUAUGAGUUAAAAUAUAAAUUUCUGAAUCACCCAUUGUCAUUAUUCUGCACUUUUACUUUAUAUCCUUCCAAUUUGUACAAAAUAAUUGUGUAACUAAUUAAUAAAUGUCUCCUGUAAAUAAGA